AUGGGCAUCCAAGGUAAGUUCACCAAAUCUCGUCGGGCUACCCGAAAUGCGCGGGACAGACGUCGUGUCGGAUGGCUUCUCCUCGCUCCCCAGUUCGCGUUUGCGUCAUACCAGGAGGAAUAUGAGUUUGACUACGUUAGCCCUGAUGAGGAGGAGGACCCCGGCGGGGCUGGCUCCAAUGAUGAGGACACUGACGAUGCCAGCGAGACGGGCUCGCAGCACCGCGGCGAGGGCGAGGUCACCGAGAUCAAGGAGAGAGUGUACCAGGACAAGCUUGCCAACUUGAAAGCUCAACUGCAGCAGCUGAAGGAGGGCUCGCACCCAGACUACAACAAGAAGUUGAGACGUCUGGACUUCCAGCACAGGGAGAGGAUACGCGUGACCGAGCUGUGGUACCAGUACGAGAAGCGCCUGAUCGAGACCGAGUGCGAGCGGGACCGGCGCGCGCUGAGCCGUGAGAUGGACGAGCGGCGCUGCGAGCUGCGCGAGAGUCUACUGGCCGAGCUCGAGGACAAGCGGCGCCACGUCGAGAUGGAGAAGGCCAGCAUGGAGAUCACCGGGGAUUCAAUGGACAUGAAGCCUCUGCCAACGCGCAAACUGCGCCGCCGGCCAAACGAUCCGGUGCCGGCGCAGGAGAAGCGGCGCAAGCCCGUCUCCAACCAGCUCAACUUCCAGCUGGACGAGAAGCAGAUGGAGGACGACUUGCGGCUCAUCGCCAAGGGCAAGCUGGCGCCGCAGCCGCCGGCUAAGAAGUCCAGUUUCCUGCCAGAGGGCUCGGUCUCGUCGGCGGCCGCGACGGCGGCGGCCAACAGCGAGGUGCGCAUCGAGGACAACAAGCUGUUCCUGGAGCGCAAGUGGUUCCACCGCGGCCAGCCGGUGUACGUGGAGUCGCGGGACAACAGUCGCUACAGCGCCGUCAUCUCGGCCAUCCAGUCGGAUGCGGUCUGGGUGCGAAAAACAGCUGACAACAGCAAAGCCCGCAUCUACCUUUCGCACCUGCAGAGGGGCAAGUGCAGCAUCAAACGGCGGGCAUCGUGAUCGUUUGCCGACGGCUCCUCCGCGGGAGUUGGCGCCCAGCGUUGGACCCUGCGUGAUUGAGUCCUGUUACAAACUCUGUGUCGCUCUAUUACCCUGGUAUCAUAGUAGUGUCACAAACUCCAUGUGGCUCUGAUAGGCUAGUAUCAUAGUAGUGUCACGAACUCCAUGUCGCUCUAAUAGACUAGUAUCAUCAAUAUGGUCGUCAGUGCCCGCUCAAGUAGGCGGUUUUUGCGUUAUUUUUUCGAUAGGAGCUGGCCGAUCCGCCCCGGUUUCGUUGAGCCUGGCUGUGUGCGGUGACGUGCGGUGAUCUCCUGUCAGCCUACCGUGGGACUGUUUAGGCCGGGAUCUAAGGAGUCCUGUUGCGCUCUUUGUGUCUGGCUUUGAGCGGCGCCUGUCGAGAUGCCGCGAUGUUUGGGCGGCUGCAGUUCGGUUUUCCAUUGGUUCUGUUUUUCCGCGGUGAAGAGUUGGCUAUGCGGGCGCCGGAGUGGCGGUGUCUAAGCCGACACAGUCGAGGAGGAGCGUCGAGGCCGGUCGGAGCCGCUGCGGGCCAGCGGAAGACUGGCAAUGUUACAACCAUCGUGGAUAAAUAGUGCAGAGGUUUCUCAGCCAUGCAAACGCUGACAUCUGCCAGCUGAGGAGGCCUCUCAGCGCCCUGCUCCGACUGUGGCCGCAGCUUUAUUUUCCUUUUUGCUGGUUCGUCGUAGCGAUGCCGGUAUCCCAGCAAACUUCUGCGACUACCGCACCUCGUGUUCGCAGCGGGUGGGCGCUGGUUGUCCCGCUGCGAAGGCAUCGUCCUUUUCGCGAUCCGGAUACUAUGCGGUUACCAUCUAUGACAAACAAGAGAUACAAAAUUCAAACAGUGCGUUUUAACGGUGCGCCGGACGAAUACACUGU